GUUUCCAUCUCAGAAUAAGUCAAUUCAGACUUGGCUCAGUUGGUUGAAACUACUUAUUGAAACGGGUCCCUGGAGGACCACAACCCUGCAGAGUUUAGCUCCGACUCUUAACUGAACACACCUCAGUCUGGGGCUUAAUUUCUUGAAAACUAAAGAUCUGAAAGAAGAGAGUGAAGAACUGAAUGAAAUACAGGGUAAAAAUCAGUGUAAGAAACAUGAUUUCAUAAAUGGACAAAACUCAUUUAAUUGCUCACAGAUUGCAAAGACUUUGUCACGAGAAAGAGAUCAAAAUACUGGAACUAGAUGUCAUUUCACCUGCCAUCAAUGUGGAAAGAGUUUCAAUCAAAAAAGAUACCUCAAAAACCACAUGACAAUACACACAGGAGAAAAGCCUUUCACCUGCCAACAGUGUGGAAAGAGUUUCGAUCAACAAGGAAAACUUCAAGUUCAUCUGAGAAGUCACAUCGGAGAGAAGCCUUUCACCUGCCAACAGUCUGGAAAGAGUUACAAUCAAAAAAGAUACCUCAAAAACCACAUGACAAUACACACAGGAGAAAAGUCUUUCAUCUGCCAUCAGUGUGGAAUUAGUUACUCUAAAAAGGGAAACUUUAAAAGGCACAUGAUGGUUCACACUGGAGAGAAGCCUUUCACCUGCCCUCAAUGUGGAAAUAGUUUUACUCAUAAAAGCACUUUGAAGGUUCACAUGGCAAUUCACACAGGAAAGAAGCCUUAUACCUGCAAACUGUGUGGGAAUAGUUUCAUUGAAAAAGGAAGCCUCGGAAGGCACAUGAGGAUCCACACCGGAGAGAAGCCUUACACUUGCUCUCAGUGUGGAAAGAGUUUCAAUCGAAGUGGAAACUUUAACAGGCACAAGAGAGUUCACACUGGAGAGAAGCAGGGACGGAGCCAGGGGAUGGCCAGGGGUGUUCAUGGCCACCACUGAUGAAAGCAUGGCCAAUCCACUCAGAACUGCAGUUUUUGUCCCUUUUUUUUGUUACCAAGAAAUGCGUGAGAAUUUUCAGAAGCCCACUUCAUCUUCACCUCAGCGUCAGGGACGAGUCAAACGAGCUACAAAAAAAGCUACAGCAGCCUACAAAUCAGCUUAAGUAGAACAACUGUGAACUUUGGUCUGAUGAGCUGUUGUAAGACAAGCCUAUAUGUCAAUAAAACACACUUUCCUGUCCCAUAA